CUCGUCCUCCUCGGCCCGGCCCCCGAACCUCGCCGUCCCUCCGCGCUGAUCCUCUUUCUCUCUCUCUUUUUUUAAAGUGUGACUGAAACAAAACAAAGCCAAAGGGACGCUGGAUCUAUCAUUGGUUGAUUUUCCUCCUCCUUUUUUUUUUUAUGACCAAAAACAACCCCCCACCCGAGCAAACAAACACACACAAAAGCAGAAAGAAAGGGUCUUGCUCAGCAGCAGCAUGGAUGUCUUGGCUAGUUAUAGUAUAUUCCAGGAACUCCAGCUUGUCCACGACACCGGCUACUUCUCAGCUUUGCCAUCCUUGGAGGAAAACUGGCAGCAGACAUGCCUGGAGUUAGAGCGAUACCUUCAGACCGAGCCACGGAAGAUCUCUGAGACCUUUGGUGAGGAUUUGGACUGUUUCCUUCAUGCCUCCUCAGCCCCAGAUGCAGAGGACAACAUACGGCGGCUGGAGCCCAUCCUUUUGCCAGUGGAGACGAGCACGUGUGACAAAAGCGCCAGCAUGGACAUCAUCCUCUCCCGUGACAAGCUGCUGUCUGAGACGUGCCUCAGCUCGCAGCCCACCAGCUCUUCCACAGAAGGCUACACGGCCGUCAACCAGGCCCAGCUCAAUGCAGUGACCUCAUUAACCCCCCCUUCCUCUCCGGAGCUCAGCCGCCACCUCGUCAAAACCCCACAGACUCUCUCAGCAGUGGAUGGCACAGUGACGUUGAAACUGGUGGCCAAGAAAACUUCACUCAGUUCUGUGAAAGUGGGGGUAGCAACAGCGACUGCGGGGACAAUAAAAAGUGGGCAAAGUGACAGUGAGCAAGGAGGUGCAGGGACAGAAGCAUCCCCAGAAAACAAGAAGAGGGUUCAUCGCUGUCAAUUUAAUGGGUGCCGGAAAGUUUACACAAAGAGCUCCCACUUAAAGGCUCACCAGAGGACUCAUACAGGUGAGAAGCCUUACAAGUGCUCGUGGGAAGGGUGCGAGUGGCGUUUUGCACGGAGCGACGAGCUCACGAGGCAUUACAGAAAGCACACGGGUGCAAAGCCCUUUAAAUGCAACCAUUGUGACAGGUGUUUUUCCAGGUCGGAUCACCUCGCCCUCCACAUGAAGAGACACAUCUAAAUAUCAGCCAGCUUGGCAUGGAUGUCAUCUGGGCUAAGUGUUGUGAGAUGAAAGUGGAACUCAAGUUACAACGUGCUACCUUACAGGAGAAGAGACCUUGAUCCCGUGUAACCCUCUGUACAGGGACCACAUGCUCACAGUGUCAUGCUCCAGUUACACUUCAGUACCUUCAUUGGUUCUUUCAUGCCUUGCCCCAGCUGGAUGGGAGAAGAUGCAGGCGAGGAAAUGGUGUAGAGGUGAAGUCAGUGAAAAAGAACAAUUACUUACAGUACUUCAUCCCUCUUGGAUUUGUUUCCUGAUUUUGCGAGUGGAAAUCAAAGAAAACAGAAGAGGCUUCCCUGCAGGUGGACGGCAGUAAGAGGGGCUUAUCUAACUUGCUUCUCAGUGCAACUCAGGAGAAGAAUAUGUCGUCUUGAAGUUGCAUUCUUGUAGCACUAACUUUCUUUUUAAAUAGAUGGGGGGAAAACAAUGACCUAGAAAACCAAAUCCCAGUUUGGUAGCCAAAAUUAACCUCUUGGUUUUUUUGUUCUUUCUCUGAGAAUUCCUAAUUUUCAGUGCAUCAGACUUCUCACAGACACUUUGACCUGUCUUGGUUUCGGUUCUUCUUCCCAGAACUGAGCUUUUGAGAUCCUUUUAAGUCAAUACCAGUGGCCUUAAUGGCAGUAGACUGUGGAGUGACACUUGUGACACAGACAUCCUCUUUUUGGCCUGAGUUUAUGUAGACUUCAUGGAGGAUUAUAUUUUUGUUGGUUGUUUUUAUUUUAAUUUUUUUUUGGCAAUUGCACAACAUAUGCACUAGGGACUCUGGAAGCUGCUGCCAUGAUGGCUAAGUAGCCAAGGGAUAAACCCCUGAGAUACAGCACCUAAUAUCUCUGUAAGCCUCACCUUAUUGCCAUAGCUAGGACUUCUUGUUUAUUUUUUGAACAAAAAAACUUUAAAAGCUUGUUUGGAAGCUUAAACCUUUUUUCUCUUUUCUCCACAAACAAGUGAUCUUCAGAACUCCUUGUCUUCACCUGGAUAUCAGUCUGGGACUGGCCACACAGGCAUGACUACAGGAUUCUUUCCACAUCAUGUGAGCAGAUUAGCCACAACCCACAAUGAUUUAGUGGAGAAUUAUGUUGCUUUUUCUUGCAGUUCUUCUAUUAACCAAUUUAAAACAUUAGCCUUUUGUUUCUGUAAAGAGCACCUGCAGACGUUUUAAUUUAAAUCUGUUUGUUGAGCCUCUUACACACAAAAAACAACCCCCAAGCCAAAAAUCCUACUCCAGUCUCUGAGUAGGAAAUCAAGAACCUCUUCCAAGUACAAUGGCUUCAUUCAGCGUUAGCCUGUUAAAGAAAAUAUCAAAGUCCUGCUUUUCUGUUCAUCAAGUUGAUGCUGUAGCCCACUCCUAUAUGAAAAAAUGUAACCAUGUGAGCGGUGAAGGAAGGGAUUGGAUUUUACAUACAGCAGUGAGGCAUUUCCAAAUGAUUGGUCCAAAGUAUUACUAACCUAGAGGUCCAUUUUGGCCUACGGUGUGAAUCAUCAAGGAGAAGUGGAGGUCUCAUGCUCACCCUUCCGUCAUAUUGAUAAUUUGAUUUCUUUGGCUCAAAGUGGAUUAAAGUCUUCAUUACAAAAGGAAAAAAAAAAAAAACUAAAAAAAUGUAUUGCCAUAACUUGUAUUUGAACCUAUUUGGCACUGGCCCUGACUCCAAAGACUGCAUUUAGGACCAUGAAAAUGGCCUAUGCAAGCAGGCAGGCGGUCAUUAGGUUGUAUAUUUUGUAUAUUCUCGGACCAUCCCUACAAGAUGUGUCUAGAAAUGAAACAAAAUAGCGCGUGGUCCACAAAUGGUUGCUGCUCUUUUAUAAUGUAUUAGCCAACUGCCCUUCUUUGACUGUUUUGACUCAUUGACUGUUAAAUAUUUCCCUUAAUUUAUGUUUUGGGAGGUAAAAUUGUACUCUAAGGGGAAAAAAGAGCAAACAAGAAACUCAAUAGAUGUUUUUAAGAGCCGUCACCGGGAUCCUUGGCACUUGAAUUCUCAGCAUUUUGCAACCUUUGGUUCCAGUGAGAGAUUGAAUUUAUUCAAAAGAUGCUGGUUUUCCUCACAGUUUUCACAAAACACUGUGACUGUCAACUGAACACUUUGGGGACAGGGGGGAAAUACGAUGUCUGGCCCAUAUGGCAUGAAAUAUGGACCAAAAUCUAACCAUCUUUUAGGGGCAAUGAUGUAAUAUUCAUGAUAAGAGCAUGAGAGAGAGUGAAAGAAAGUCAGACAGAAAGAGAGAGAAGAAAAAAUUGAAUUUAUUCCAAAGAUUUAAAACUAACUAUACUCUAUAUGUGUAUAUAUAUAUGCUUAUAUAUAUAUAUAUGUAUACAUUUAAAAAUUGCAGAGCACUGCUUGCUGACAAUCUCGUAUUUCUCUACUUCUGUAUUUGCAUACUUCUUAUGGCCAUUCCACCCAGCUGUUCCACUGGGACUGAGGGCCCUAGAAUCCAGUUUGUGUUGGAACAAAUAGAGCAUCCUGCCAGAUCACAGAAUCACAGAGUGUCCUGAGUUGUAAGGGACCCACAAGGAUCAUCAAGUCCAACUUCUGGCCCUGCGCAGGACAUCCCAAGAAUCCCACCAUGUGCCUGAGAGUGUUGUCCAAAUGCUCCUUGAGCUCUGGCUGGCUUGGGGCUGUGACCACUUACCUGGGGAACCUUUUCUGGUGUCUGACCACCUUCUGGGUGAAGAACCUUUUCCUAAUGUCCAGCCUGAACCUCCCCUGACACAGCUUCAUCUCAUUCCCUUGGAUCCUGUCACUGGUCACCAGAGAGCAGAGAUUGGUGCUGCCCCUCUGCUGCCCCUCAGGAAGAUGUCUAAUGGGAACUGAAACCUCAGCUGUGUGAAACUGUAGAGCAUCCAGUGAGUGCAUUAGAUAAAAAAAAAGUAUAAUAGAAUCUUAGAAUUUCUUUACCAUAGUGUCCUAAAAUUUAUGCUCUCAAAUUCUCCACUAGGAUAUUCAUUGGCUGUGAACCUGCAUAAAUAUCCUCCUUUGCUCUCUGAACACAGCUGCCUUUAGGCGUGCUAUCAGUAGUAUACAAACCUUAAUUAUUAAGUGAUGGUUUAAGCACCAGGCUCUAUUUAAAUUGGAAAAAGUCAAGCAAGACUGUUUUUUAGUUCCAGUUGUCAUUUACAGUCUUGUUGUCAUCUUAUUUAAAUAUACCAGAACAAGGGCCCCAAGGGAAAAAAAUGCUGAAAUAUAUCUUUACUUUGUUCAAAAGGCAGGCCUACAUCUAAAUCCUGGAUCCAAAUAGCUUAAAAAACAUAGAAAAAAGGGGUGUAAAAGGCGGAUUCCAAAUUUCUCAGGCUUUGUAGCAGGUCUUCAACUCUGAAGCCAAAAUGUGAGCUUUGAAACCACCUCUUAUGUUUGAAAAGGGUGAUAUUUUUCAGCUGUAUAUAUGGUGUACCCAGUCAAUCUCUUGACUUUAGUUUUUGGGUGCUCAUAUGCAAGUGUUGUAGUCAUUAUUAAAAUUCUGAACCAUAACUUUGGUAUUUUAUAGAAGGAGUCUCCAUUUUGGAAAGGCAUAAAGAGUGACACAUUCCAGGAUUGGUUUUUUUUGCAAUGACAAGUUUUGUUUCUUUGCGGAUAUUUUAAGCUGUACACUUCAAACUUGUGUAGUCUGUCAUAGUUAGUUCCUUUUUGGGCCUGUGUCUCCUUGCUAAAGUUGUACAGUUGUUCUCUCUCUGUAAAUUAUGAGUAGAAUCAGACUAAAGAGGAAAGGCUCUGUGUAAGGCUUCUUGAAAGCAAACCCAUAAAUUUGGUGACAGUUGAGGACAGUUAUCCAGCUGUAGAAAGGAGAAGCUUUACCUUGUUUCCUUCAAUGUGAGAUUUAUGCCUAUUUGCAAAAGAGGAGCCAUUAUAAGAAAAUCAGAUAGUGGUUUCCAAGGUUAUGGAACUAUAGGAUGAAAACAGAUUGACCUAAAAGUCUCCCAAAAUAGUGUACACAGAGGAAGCAACUAAAAUAAAUGUGAGUUUUUGUGAUUAGCUAAAUAAUAUUUUGGAUCAGAACAGUCAAUCAUAGUAUCCUGCAUGUGGAAAGGGGCCUCCAGAGGCCAUCUUAGCCAACCUCCAACUUGAGCUGGUUGCUCAUGACUGUAUUCAGCUGAGUUUUAAAUAUCCUCAAGAAUGGAAAUUCUGCAAUCUGUCUGUCCAAGCUGUUCCAAUAUUUAACCAAUUUCAUGGUAAAAAAAACAAAAAACAUCCAAAAAUCUUUGUGUCAAGUAGGAAUUUUUCAUGUUCAAACAUGUUUUCAGGCCUCUUCCACUGUGCACCUCCAAGAAGAGUCUGGCUACUUCUCUAGUCUUGGUUAGGUAUUUGGAGAUAGCAAUAAGAUCUACACUUACCCUUCUCUUCCUAAGGCUGCAUCAUGUCUCUCAGCCUCUCUUCAUCCAUCACGUGUUCCACUGCCUCUGUGGUGAAUCUUUGCUAGACUUGCUCCCAUAUGUCUAUCAUUUUCGUGACUGGGGAGACCAAGACAGAAUAUUCCAGGUCAAGAUAUGCUUUGUAUGUGACAGUGUUGAUAAAAUAUAUUUAUUCUGGAUUUUUCCAUUAUCUGAGACAACUUAAAGUCAAGAUUCUAUUUUGAAAACUGACCAAUAAAAAUAAUUUAGGAAGCACUGUUAUAAUUAGUUUUCUAAUCAAAUUUGCCAAAUCUGUGCAUAAAAAUAUGUUUAUAAAAAUAGACUUCUGUACCACCAGCUUGAGCCCUGGCUAGCAAGAUUCAGUUUUUCUCAACAUGAUCAUUGAUGGUUCACUUUGAACUAAAAAAUAUAUUGUUUCAUUUGUACUGUAUCAAAUAUGAAGACACAUGAUGCUGUAUUUUAGUCACUUCUUACACUAAAACUGCACUUCAGUGCAUCUUUGUUCUGUUUGGUUUUCCCCUUAGGAGAUAAAGAGCAACAUAAAAUAUCAGAUAUAUUUUAUAGAGAUUGGUCUAAAAGUGGAUGGCAGAAUCCAGAGUAUUUUUCAUUAUCUCUGAGUUGUUCUUUUUCAGUAGCUAGUACUCAGUCUAGACAAUUACAUUACCUGGCUAAACUAGCAACUGAAGUGAAAUUCUAGAUUCUUUCAGUGUCUUGGACGAGGCAGUCUGAUCUCACUAAACAAAGAGUUGAAUGUUGGAUUUGGUGACCUCCAGAAGUACCUUCCAAUAUUAUUUUUUCUGUAUUUCUAUGAUUUGUUUCACAGCUUUUACUUAUUAAAUAUUUUCUGGUUCUACUUCUUCAUAGUCUUGUGCUGAUGAAACAGACUGUAGGGCAGAUCUGUAGGUUUUUUCUCGAAUUCUAAGAGUUUCAUCCUUGUUAAACUUUAUAAAGUUUCUUCAUGAGGGAGACCUAGAGAGGAAGAAAUCUUAAAAGAACCCAAAUCCUUAGCAAACCAGUUUGAAGCAAUAUCCUACCUUGAUAUGUAUCAGAGCCAGAUAUUAUGGAAACAAGUUUGCUAGACUGGAAGACCCAUGUGAUGUCUCAGAAAUGGUUUCCAGGACCUGAAAUCUAAGCCAACAUAUUCCUACAAGGGUGAACACUUUUUUUUCAUUCAUUCUUAUUUUCCUCAGACUUUUUGGAAUUGCUGUUUUUCUUGGGGUAGCACAUUUUCACUUAAUGCAUGGGAAGCACUGACCAAACACAGACAGGGAAGAAGAAUCUGAAUAUCUGAGUGCAAGAGGAUCCCUCAGUCCUUGCUUUCAGAAUUGUUUUAACUUCAGGCAUAAAAAAGUUACUAAUCACCAGGGUGUGCAGCUAAAAUGGAGUUGAUCAAUAUGAUUGUUGCAGUGACUGAGUAUACCUUAGUUGUGACCUUUCUGAUAGCUACAGAAUCAGGCUUUCUCCCUCAUUUUUAUCUGACCCUAGACAGUUUGGGAUUUGUAUCUAAUAUAAAGGUUGCUCCUCUAUUUAACACACUGUUUGUCUGUAUACAAAAGAGGUGGUAAUUGGAAUUUUUGGAAAAGCUGAUGAAGUCCAACUUCCUUAAGUGUUUCCCUUCCUCUUCUCUUAAUGUAUGUCAAAAUCUUUAAAUUAAAAAAAAAAAAAAAAGAGGAAAACAUUGUAAAUAAUUUAAUGUUACAAGGCCAGCACUCAGUGGAUCAAGGGCUUUUACUCUUGAUUUCAUUCAGGACUUGGCACAUUCUGUCAUUCCAUCCAGUGAGACUGUUUUUGAGCUUUCAUAUCCUGGGCAAUGCUCUAACCCAGAACUUCUAAACUACUUUUUGCUGAUUUCAGAUAGAAUUGCACUUGUAAAGAUAUCUACAUACCAAGAAAGAAAAACAAUGCUUGACAGUAACUAUUUAACUUUGUCUUGAAAAAACAGAAAUAUUUUUCUCCCAACAUUGACAAGUCUUGCCUGUCUUUCAUUAGCAUUUAAACUACACUUUAAUGAAUGAUCUUUUCCAGAUCAAGCUUGGAUAUUUUUCUUCCUUUUGUCGCACUUGAGUCUCUUUUUAUUAAUAGUUUAGGGAUGACUACUGCAGUCUUUCUCCUCCACAGCUCUGCACAGGCUUCAGUUGCAAGAUUUAGCAUUGUGAGGACUGUAGGAUCUGGCCUACCAGGUACUAAGAUCUGUGUUGUAAAGCUGAGAAUUUCCUCCUCCCUUAGAGGAAGAAGUCUUGAGAAUACUUGUGCUAUAUAAGUUAUAUAUAUAAUGGUAUAGUUGUAUAUAUAAAUUAUAUGCAUAACAAUGUUGAGAUGGGGAGUAGACUGCCUUUAUCACCUCAAGAAUGAGUUUCCCUACCUGAAAACUUUCAAAUGCAGGUGUCAUUUUAGAAACAGGGUUUUAUAGUUUUCCUUAAUGCUUGUUGAUGGCAUUUUUGGUGUAAUAAUUGAAGUUGGAAUCUGUGAUUUUCAAAAUGAAAGCUUUGAUUACUUUUUAUUUUUAAGUGCUUUGGUCCUAACUUCUAUAUACUGCCAGAAAACAGGUUCUCCACCCUGUCUCUGUGUGGGUGUGGAUGUACAACAGUACACUGUAUAUACCUACACAGAAGAGCAAACUGAGCUACUGACUUACAGUUUGUAGUAGCCAACUGUGCCUAUUGCUUUCAUUUAAGGAGGGCACUUGCUGUUGCCACUGCAUUUUAGGAAUCAUGUCAGCUUCUGUAGGAAAGUUUUCAACAGUGCUGGGAAAUACAUGUUGCUGUGUACUGUGAAUGAGUAGGCUGCAAAUUUGGGGAUUGGGAGGGGAGGUGGGAAGGGAGGGGGAUGAGGGCUUCGCAUGUACACACUAAAUGGAACUAGAAUGGACAGAAACAUGGGAAUUUUAGCCUUUAUUGUUGGGCUGUCGGGGAAAUGAAAAGCUAACAUGCAGUCCUUGGAAGGCCUGAAUGGCUGAAGGGCUGAUCUUUAUGUUUUGCAACAUAUGUUUUACCCAUCACUCUGUAUUUAAAUCCCCAGACCUGUCAGAUUCUGGAAGUAGAUCAAAAACUGGUUUAAACACUACUUUGUUACCAAGGCCAUGUCUCUACCAGGGAAGCUGUCCUACAUUAAAAUCAGUCUAGCUAAAUCACUUUGUAGCUGCACCUGUUAUGUGAUCGCCUGGAUCAAGUUUGCAUUGGCAUCCUAUGCAGUUAAGCUGAAGUGUGAGAAAUGCUUCAACUAAUUAAGAUACCUCUACAGGAAGGUUCUUGCACCAGUUUAAGUACCUGGUUUUGAAAUCACUGCAUAUAAACCAUAAGAGCUUUUCUCUUAGAAACAAGGCCUUAGUUUGGCAUGUCUGCUCAUCUAGUUGAAAAAAUAAUAAUGCAGGCUGAGAUUUUUUUUUUUUUUUUUUUUUUUUUGCUUUUCAAAGUAACCUGUUUUCCCUUUUGUUCUUUGAAACUUUUCUUACUCUCUACCACACAUUAGAUUUUUGUUUGGGGAAAUUUUGUUUAACAACAAAAACAACAAAAUGUAUGAAUGCUCCCUAUUAAAAAAAAAAACCAAAAAAAAAAAA